ACUCAUUUGAUUAGUUACUGUCAAUGGCGCUGGUAUUCGUGUUAUAUUUCGCACUAAUGCAGCUGGCACUCAGUCCAUUCACUCAGGCUGAGGGUCAUGCCGGGGUUGAAGCUGAGGCUGAGGCUGAUGCUGAGAAUUUCCCGAAUUUGAAAAGUAUUGUGAUGCCGCUUGCAAUAAAUCGUGUUGUCGGUGGUGAAGCAAUAACGAUUCAGAAGGUCGGCGGAUAUAUACUUGCAUUGCGAUAUGACGGCGAUUUCAUUUGUGGGGGCUCCUUAUUGAGAGAUCUUGUUGUUUUAUCAGCGGCUCAUUGCUUCUUGGGUCGCACCGACAAAUCACUGUGGAUCGUCGAGGGCGGCGUCUCUCGUCUAAACGAGGAUGGCGUCAAGGUCCAGUUGAAGGACUAUGUAGUGCCCGCAGCGUUCACGGAACGUGAGAUGAAUAUGGACGUGGCUGUGGUUUUGCUAUCGGAUCCGUUGAAUGGCCCAAAUAUUGCAACAAUUCCACUGUGCAAAACUAGUUUGGUACCGGGCUUGAAGCUUACCGUCUACGGCUGGGGUCUAUCCGACCCAGAUGGCACCUAUCCGCAUCAACAUCUGAGAGCCGUCUCGGUACCCGUCAUCAAGAAGAAGGACUGCAAGAAUACCUACAGGAGCUCAAUUACGAUAACCGAUAGCAUGUUUUGUGCCGGCGUUUUGGGUAAGAAGGAUGCGUGCACCUUCGAUUCGGGCGGUCCGUUUGUUUACGCGAACUCUCAUGGAGGAAGAGAGCUAUGUGGCAUUGUCUCUUUUGGCAUUGGCUGUGCCAGCCCCAAGUAUCCGGGCGUCUACACGGACGUUAACUAUAUCAAACCAUUUAUUUUGGCAACCAUAAAAAAUUUUGGUGUAUUAGAUUAAGGCGAGCGCUGCAAGUGCUGAU